CCUUGUCUUUUAGCUCACCCCUCUCUCAACUCUCCUUCUCUUUACUUUUACAAUCAGUCGCUGUCGUUGAUUUUAUCGUUGCAUUCAUCCCUUUCUAUUUAUCGUUUCUCUGUUUCAUUUCAUCUUCACCAUGUCCCGCCCGUACGGACAGUAUCCAGGCCAGCAACCUCCAUACCCUGCUACGUCAUCCCCGCAACCACCUUAUCCCGCAUACAGUCCUGGCCCUCCUCCUCAACAGCCACCACCUCCUUCUAUCACACCAGGAUAUCCUCCUCAGCAAUCACAGUAUAAUCAGCAGCUACAGCAGGGUGGUUACUCGAGACCCCCCGCGCCUCUGCCACAAUACGGUGGUGGUACUACCCCGCAACCACAGCAGUCUUAUGGUCAACCCCCUCCAGGACCGGGACAGCAAUUGCCUUAUCCACCUAGUUAUAACAAUCCUGGCGGCUCCUAUGGCGCGUAUCCUCCACAAGGACCUCCAGCAGGAUCAGGCAACUAUGGCGCUCCGUGUUCAGGAGGUUAUAGCGGCCCAGCUCGCACUGCCACACCUCAAGAACUCUCAACAUACAGGAACCUUUUGAUCGCAACCAUCCAAGAGCGACAGCUUCAACCAUUCUACCCACCCGAUAAACUAGAACAUGUCGUCCGAGGUCUUGAAAGUGCGCCCGACCGUAUUCAGCAGCUUAUGCGUGAAUGGAAUGUCGGCCAGGAAGUCGCCAUGGACGUCGUUAAAUUGGCUCUGUUCGAUACUGUGAUCUACGUCGACGAUAGUGGCUCCAUCCAAUUCGAAGAAGAUGGAAGCCGAUUGACUCAACUGAGACAGAUUCUUGGUCUCAUUGCCACGGCAGCAUCCAAAUUCGACUCUGACGGUGUCACUAUUCGAUUCAUGAACUCCGACGAACGAGGCGACCAUAUCCGCAGCCGCGAAGAUGCCGAAGCCCUUGUGUCACGUGUCCGUUUCUCCGGUCUUACACCAAUGGGUACCAGUUUAAAGAACAAGGUCUUAGAUCCCUUAGUCACCGGUCCUGCUCGAGCUGGUCGUCUUGAAAAGCCUGUUCUGGUUAUCACGAUUACUGAUGGUCAACCUGCUGGUGAGCCGCACGGCGCUGUUAAAGAUGCUAUCCGCUCUGCUACGGACGAGUUGAGUCGUUCUCGCUACGGUCGUGGUGGUGUGAACUUUCAGUUUGCGCAGGUCGGCACUGAUUUGCAUGCACGUCAGUUUUUGGCUAAGCUUGAUGAGGAUCCUAGCCUUGGUGGAUUGGUUGAUUGUACUUCUAGUUUCGAAGUUGAGCAGGAUGAAAUGGCACGAGCAAACCCACCUGUUAACCUCACACGAGAGCUCUGGGUCGCCAAAGUCAUGCUCGGAGCCAUCGACUCGUCCUAUGACACCAAAGACGAAAAAGCACAAGCUACCCCCGCACCAGUAGGAGGUCAAUACGGCGGCGGUGGUUAUGGCCAAGCACCUCCAUACGGUCAACCCCAAGGCGGAUAUCCGCCACAACAAGGAGGAUACGGUCACCCCCCUCAACAAGGAGGAUAUGGUCAACCUCCUCAGCAAGGAUAUGGCCAACCGCCUCAACAGGGAGGAUAUGGCCAACUCCCGCCUCCACAGCAGGGAUACGGACAACCAACCCAGCAGCAGUACGGUGGAUACGGAUCCCCUCCACCUGGCCAGGGGGGACCAUAUGGUCAGCCUGGAUAUCCGCCUCAGCAGGGAUAUGGUGCGCCACCUCCUCGUCGGUAUUAGUUUCAAUCCUUUAGUUUGAUGACAUAGUUAUCUGAACUCUGCUGUGAUGAUGGGAGUCAAGAAAACGCAAGGAGAAGCGAGGUUGAUGAUGGCUCUGUAUAGUGUAUGAAAUGACUUGCAAAAUUCAUAUCCUUAUUACUUCAGU